AUGUUGGUUGUCGUGUCCCAUGGGCUUAACAAUGGACUUGGAAGAACUCCUCAAAUGGGUUGGAAUAGUUGGUAUAAUUUUCAGUGUAAUUAUAAUGAAAAAAAGAUUCAGCAAACAGUUGAUACAAUUAUCGCCACUGGUCUCGCUGCUCUCGGCUACGAAUAUAUUAAUUUAGACGAUUGUUGGCAAGUCGGUCGGGAUGCUAACGGCACUAUCUUAGUUGAUCCAGUAGCAUUUCCAAGUGGCAUGAGAGCUCUAGUUGAUUAUGUUCAUUCACGUAAACUUAAAUUUGGUUUAUAUUCAGAUGCUGGAUACAAGACAUGUGCUGGUCGACCUGGUUCUUUGGGUCAUGAAACAAAAGACGCAGAUACAUAUGCUUCAUGGGGUGUCGAUUAUUUGAAGUAUGACAAUUGUAAUACAGAUGGCACUAAACCUGAAGUACGAUAUCCAGUGAUGCGCGAUGCUUUGAAUGCUACUGGUCGGCCCAUCUUUUACUCUUUGUGUGAAUGGGGCGUUGAUACACCGGCUCUAUGGGCAGCAGAUGUUGGGAAUAGUUGGCGAACUACUGGCGAUAUCUCGGAUACUUGGGAUUCAAUGAUCGCCACUAUAGAUAUAAACAAUCAAUUUGCCGAUAAAGCAGGUCCCGGUGGUUGGAAUGAUCCUGAUAUGCUACGAAUAGGCAAUGGUGGUAUGUCAAAUAUGGAAUAUCUUUCUUAUUUCUCUCUUUGGGCAAUUAGUAAAGCUCCACUUUUGAUCGGAGGCGACGUGACUACUAUGGGUUUAGAUAUUCUCUAUAUUUAUUCAAAUCCUGAAGUGAUCGCUAUCAAUCAAGAUCCAUUAGGUGUACAAGCCAAAAAGAUUGUUGUUUCUUCGUCACAACUACCGAAUACUUCAAGCACAGUACUUAUGACCAAUUGUUUUUCUCUAAAAAUGAUGCAGGAACGUCAAAAAUGGAUAUAUAAUCCACACGAUCGAAGUAUUCGAUCGACAGCUGAUGGGAAAUGUUUAACAAUUGAAAAAUGUGACUCUGACGAAGCAACUGAGAUUGUCACUGCUUCAUGUUACAUCGACAAUUCAAAAGCAGCAUGUCAAGGUAAAAAUCAACAAUGGACAGUAAACACCAAAGAACAGACGAUUGUUUCUCAACUGAAUGGAAAAUGUUUGAACGUUAACAACCAGGAUAAACAUUUGCUGAGUGUUUCUUCCUGCAAUAAACAAAACAGUCAAGCAUGGAUAUGGAAUGAAAUCGAUGGUUCAUUACGAAACAAUAAAAAUGGUCAAUGUUUGACUGUUCAACAAGAUAUUGAAAUAUGGGCAGGGCCGCUUUCCGACGGAUCACAAGUUGUUCUAAUGUUCAAUCGCAACAGCGUUGAUUGGGAAUCAAUCACAGUCAAAUGGACCGACUUGGGUUGGCCUGCUAAUCAAUGGGCUCUGGUACGCAAUUUAUGGUUAAGAGAAGAUGUGGGUAAUCUUUUCGGUACUGCAGUCAAGCGAAUAUCCAGCUCAGCCGAUGUCGUUAUUUCUCAAAGAAGAACAAAUGUUAAUCCAUCUACUGUGAACGAUACAAUAUUUAUUCAAUCGGCUACCAAUCGUUCAAAACAGAACGAAUUUAGUCGUGAAUUUUUUGCUGACUAG